GGACUACGCACAACGACAGCAUAAAAUCCAUUCGAGCGUUAGUCACCUCUAAUUAUUCAGAAGACACAAAGUAGAAAUGUACACGAAGUUAAUAUUAUUUUCGAUUAUUUUGAAUGCGAAUUGUCAGCACUUGGAAAUCAAAAAUUUAAAUCAUGAUCCUCUUUUAUUGCUACAUGUUCGAAAUUGUUAUAUUCAAACAGGCAUUGUUAAAGUAAUACAUCCGAUAAAUUUGACUGUGUUAGAAGAAAACGUGAAUUUAUUCUUAGAUAUCUCAAGGAAAAUAGAUAGAACCCUUCCAAUGUCGAAUUUAAUUGCGCGGAAAAGUAGGCAACUGUUAGACAACUUAUAUCAGCUAAAACCCCUGCAGAAAACUCGCAGACAGAAGAGAUGGGACUCCGUCGGGACAGCUUGGAAGUGGAUCGCAGGUAGCCCAGACGCAGAGGACUUGCGAAUCAUUAACAACACCUUCAACGAGUUAAUCAACGAGACCAACAAGCAGAUACAGAUCAACCAUGUUAUAAACGAAAGGAUUACGAAAAUCUCGGACACAGUGAAUACAUUGAUCGAUCAUCAUACAACUUUGAACACCAUACUACUGAAGGAUAUAGACGCAAUAAUCUUACUUCUAUCCAUGGACGCAACAAACAAUAUUCUCGAAGACAUCGAAGACGCCAUUCUACGAGCCCGAGUUUCAUUACCGAACAGCAAGCUACUAACAAUCAAGGAAAUUUUUUUGAUAGAAUCUAUUCUCAACAAGCAAGGAAUUGCGACAAGGUUUCCUGAAGACGCACUUAACUAUGCCACCCCGAAAAUAGCCAGUACCAAUGAGAUGAUGCUCUACAUUCUAGAACUUCCACAGACGAAUGGAGAUUGUAAGAUUUUCGAAAUUUUACCAUUGAUCACAAAUAACACGGUUCUAACGAACACCCCCAACUACGUGAUCAAGUCUAACAAGAAGCUUUUUACAACAAACCAUCCAGAAAACGCCGUUCAGCAACUACACGAAGCAAAACCAUUCAUCGACUCUUGUGUAUACCCGAUAAUUAUGGGAAUGGUAAGCCAUUGCAACGCAACAACUACAAAUCAAACGAAUCUUCAACUCUUAUCAGGAAAUAGAGUACUCGUAAACAACGCAGUGAACCUGAAUUUAACCACGAAUUGCUGA